UUACACUUUUUCGAUGACUUGACCUGUGACCGUGGCAGUAUGCAGUCAUCUUAUUUUGACCAGCUGCCUACCAGGAUGACUGCCAGGUCACCAAUGCGAGCGAUGCAUGACCUGCCCUUGACCUUUCCAGACUCCGAUAGUGGAUUUGGUUCGUUCAAAACGAGGAGUCGUCUAUUCAACUCAGAUGACUUCAGCAUGUCGGUUCCUUCUCGACUCACAAGGUCAAGGUCACUCACAAGACUGAAUGGGUCGGUCGAUGAAGAGUUGUCUCCCCCUAGUUCUCCUGUGAUGUUCAUUCCACCCGAAAAGUCUGUACGACAUCUUCGUGUUACGCUGGAUGAGAGUGAAAACCGACGAUCAGUGUUGAUGAACAAGUUAAAAGAAGCGCAGGAAACCCUCACGUUACAAAAUGAAAGACUGUCAAAGAUAGAGACGGCAGCAAAAGACAACAGUUUUCUGGUGGAGGACCUCAAGUUCAAGGAGCGAGAUUACAGAAAGAAGAUAGCCGUGUUGCAGAGGGCAGAGCAGGAGAAGGAAGGUCUGAGGAUGGAAAACAUUCGACUGCGGGAAGAAAUGCAAGACAGAAUUAAUACACUGGACUUCCAGCUGAGGUCACUACAGAGCCAGCACCAGUCUACGGAGGUCGAGAAUGAGAAGAGAAGCAGUCUCCUGGACCAGACGACCUCGACCUUGUCAUUACUGGAGAUGGAAAACACAAAACUGCAGAAGGAGCGAGACCUGGCACAGGAUGAGAUUAAUGUCAUUAAGGAAGCUCUACAACUUACCAAGUCUCGCUUCGGUUGCAUUGACGAGGAGAACAAGAACUUGAAAAAUGAAUAUAAUACAAUGAAAAUGGAGAACACGACCCUGAGUCGGAAGGUGCACGAGAUGGCCGGGCAGAUGGUGGAGCUGAGGACUCUGUUACAGGCAGUGCGUGAUGAGAACGAGCGACUCUGUGGCAACUGGAAACACAUCUCUGAGGACAAACAGAGGAGCUCACGGCAGAUUGAAAACUACCAGGACACGAUAGCGGAUCUCAAGUCGAAGUUAGCAACCACUAGUGCAGACAAGGACAGAUUGUUUCAGGACAGAUUCGACCUCAAUCAGAAACUACAGCAGCUCGUUCUCGACAAGGAACAGCUUAUUAAAAGCAAACUGUCACUGGAGGAGCAGUUGAAUAACCUGGAGAGGACCGUGCAGCAUUCGAAGAUGUCAAGGUCAAAUCAUAACGAAGAACUGAAUGACAUGGAAGAUGAGUUGAAUUCAGUUAAAAAGGUCUGUGAGGAGUUAUCCUGUGAGUUGUCGUCUGUAAAGGAGUACUACGAACGUGCGCUGGAGCGUAUCAGCUCCCUGGAGAACAGCAGCAAACUGCUGGAACAACAACAGAACAUCACCGACCAGGAGAAGAAGAGACUGCAGGCAGAGAUCGACAGACUCGAAAGGUUGCUAUGCAGUCGUAAUGAAGAUGACCGAAGAGAAAGGGAACAUUUGGAAGAGAGUCUGAGCAAAGUGAAGUCUGAAUUGAAAGAUUUGCGACAUGAGAAGUCACAACUUUUGGACAGAAAUCAUGAACUUGAAAUUAAACUGCGCAAAGCCAAUGAGGAGUUGCGAGACAUAGCCAGCAGACAGCAGGAUGAAAUGGAGACUUGGAAAAAUACCUGUGAACGAUUGACAUCUUCUGUUAGCUGGAAGGAAGCAGAGUUACAGAAUCUGACAGACCGAACAUGUGAGAUGGAAUCCACUAUUAGCAAACAGCGAGAAGAGUUAAGAAAUAGCCGUGAGAAGUAUGAAAUACUGGCUGAAAAACAGGAGGAUGUUGAAAGGUAUAGAGAUGAGACUCGUCGUCUGCUUCAGGAGAAGGCUGAGAACGAACAGAUGAUUAAGCUUUUAGAGACACAGAAAGAAGUGCUUACGAAAAGUAUGGAGAGUAGCCUGAACAAACUCCAUGAUGUGGAACACCUUGGUGGUAAAGUGGACCAGCUCCGCAGUGAAAAUGAACUUCUCAGAGACCGUAUUCAGGAACUGGAGGAGGUCCGAGACAAUCUUAUCAGACAGAAGGAGGAGAUGCUGAUCGACAGUGACUUGAUUUACAAACAGCCGAACUUAGAUGACGUAGCACAGAAGAUUGACGAACUGCGAGAUGCCAACAAACAGCUGAGAGAUAUCAAUAACAUCAUGUCAGAGAAACUUGAAGUUGUAGAACAGGAGAAUUUCCGUCUGAAAAAUGCUAUGGGUGAAAAUGUUCCCUCUCACAUAGAAGAGGAAAUAGAAAGGAUGAGGAGAGAAAACGAGCAGCUGCGAUCAGACUACGAUAGCCUAAAGGAAGAACACGACAAGCUGGAAUCCCGACAUCAGCAGUUUAUCAUCCAGUACGGCCAUCAGGAUGAGCAGCAGAGAGACACAGAGGAAUUACACAAGGUACAACAGGAACGAGAUGCUCUGCAGAAACAAGUUCAGCUCAUUAACGGCCAGUUGAUUCUGGUUGAGGGCAGCAAGAAACGCCUUGAAGAGACUGUGGAGGACCUUCAAAAACAAGUUCACCAACUCACAGGGCAGAUACAGGAGGCUGAUAUUAGCAGGUGUAGACAGGCAGAGGCCGAAGUUGAGCAACUCAGGAAAGAGGUGGAUCAACUUCAGCAGCAGUUAGCAGAUGCCGAGAGUGGGAAGGCAGAGCAAGAUGCACUGCUGGACAGUUUAAAAGAGAAAUCACUGGAUGAUGUUGGAGAAGAACUUCACAAAAUGCGAGGAGAACUUCACGAUCUGAUGGGAGAGAUUGAGUCCAAAGAUCAGUCAAUUAUGUCCCUUGAAAAUGAACUUCAGAAGUCUACGGAGGAAUGCCAGUUUAAAGAGAAAAGAGUCCAUGAUAUGAAGAAUCUCAUAGAUGACCUUGAGAGACAUAAUGAAAGUUUGAAGAAAGAUUUAGAGCAGACAAGACUCUCAAAAAGUCUUGACAUUAACUUUCAGAGUGAAUCUGGUAAACAUGACGUGUAUUUCGCUAGAACUGCUCCUUCUGCUUUGUUGCCAGUUGCCGUUGUGUCCAAUACGCAGAAUAAUAGAUCACCAAAAUCUCUAAAAGAUGAAUUAGAAGAGGCUUUUAAACAAAAGAAGGACAAUACUAUUCCCAGAAUCAAACCACCUGAGUCACUUCUGAGUAAGAAACUGCUUGAGCCUAAAUCCCCACAAGGGAGUUCUGCAUCUGACCCAGGUAACUUCGUCAGAAAGGGUUUAUUUGGAGCGCAGUUCUUUUUCAAAUCUCAACAAUCUGAGGGAAAUGAGCGACUGCAGACAUUAAUAUCAAAAUACCGCAGCCACAGCCAGCUGCCUGCUACACCGGAGAAGAAACCAAACUCACACACGUUUACAUCUGGGAGGCUGGGACUUGGUUCCAAAAGUCGAGCGUUUGGUUUGACUGUUCCCAAAACCCCCGACGGUAAAGUGUACUCUUCUGAAAGUGAUACGGGACUAAGCUCACCUCGAACUGGACACAAAGGUCCUCCUCCCCCUCCGCCUCCAAAGCCAAAAGUGAAGUUUAAUUCUAGUACUGGUACUCUGUCAAGACUGAAAGACGUGACAGAUUCGCCGUCUGCCAAUUCAUCUCAGGACCAUACACAAGCGUCUGCUGUUGAUUCUCUGAUGGAUUCCCAGGAACAGCGAGACAUCAAUGCACUUAUACAAAAGCCACGCCUUCCGACUAAAUCUCUUCUUUCCGUCCAUCCGCCAAAAAUUACAAGUAAGGUUAUAGCCGGCCUCUUGCGGACGAAGCCAGCUGUGUGCCGCAGUGUGGACUUGUUUGCAUCUAGUUGACUUGUUUGAUGUACGUGUGGCUAUAGCUAGCUCAGCUUCUUGCCAAGGUACCUCAAAGUACUUGAGAUGUAAACGAGGUCUACACAAAUAACCACUCAGGAUCGGAGAUGAUUAAGGUCAUAAUGAACUCUUCCACAUCAAUGCUGGCUGUUUUACACUAGCCAAGAAUGGACUCUUCCACACAUCAGUUCAGGCAGUGAUUAUGCUACUCAUAUGCAAAACAUUUAAGUUUAAACUAAACCAGUACUACAAUGUACAUUUUUUAAGCAAUCUGUUAUAUGGUGUACGUAGUAUUCAAUCAAGCGUGUGUGUAGGAAAGUUGUGAAGAAUGGUGCCUAUAGACUGUGGAAAGUGAAGUUUCUAGGAGUAGUCAGGCUGUGCUCCCCCAGAAAACAUAUUUAUAAAAAAUAUUUAAUACCCUUGUACAUGUACCUGUCAAGUAAAGUAUCUUGUUCUGAUUGUGAAAAAUGAGUCACUGCUUACAUUUGCAACCAAAUUUUCAUUUUAUACAUAAAAAAAACUGUGCUUUAAUUCAUUAAAAAAGACCUAGCAUUUAUUUUAUUUUAUUCAAAGCUUGAAAAUAUACAUAUUUAGUGUCAUGCCUGUUUUGUUAUCAGAAAUGCAUAGAGUUUCUUGAAGUUAUAGACAAGAUAUUACAAAAUUCUCAACUGUGCCAAAAACUGUUUUGGAGUUCAGUAAAUAAUUUUGUGAUAUUAGAAAGCAAAUAGUAUUAAAUAAAGCUAGUGUUUUCCCUAGCUUGUUUUAGCAUGUACAACACCAUGCCUCAAUAGUCUAGCGCCAUCUUGCCUCAAUCAGUGCC